UCAGUUGGAUUUCCAGUUUCCAGUUCUAAUAUUGAUGGUCUUGAAAGUGCAUUUGGAUCCAAGACAUUUUCUAUCACUGAACAAAUCAAGGGCCUUCUCUCCUCUGUCAGAGCAAUAUCAUAUGACCUCAUUUCUCCAAAUUAAAUGAAAAAAGAAUUCUCUCUAGCUUUCCAUGAAGCUCAGCUAUUGCCUGUUAAUUUUGACUGUUAGUGCUGAUCUUUCAAUUGGAUUUACACUGGAAAAUGUAGCUUUUAACAGGACAGUUGCUUUUGGGUCUUUCAAUGCAUCGCUUCAUAGUGUGUCUCAAGCUUUAGUAAGUUCUCCAGCACACCAUGAUAUCAUAGCCAAAGAGGGGACCAGUAUUUUAAUUGAAUGUAAACUGAACAUCACCCAGUAUGAAUAUAUUCUUUGGUAUAACUCCAGAGGACGCCUGCUUGAACAGAAAGAUAAAGGUGGCCGGUGGAGGAUUGCUGAUAAUUCCCUUAACAUCACGAGGGUCAGCUUUGCAGACCGCGGACGAUACACCUGUGCAGCUGUUAACCAUAAUGACACCUUGUACUACACAGUCACCCUGAGGGUUAUCUUCACCUCAGGAGACAUGAGUAUCUACUACAUGAUUGUGUGCCUCGUUGCCUUUGCCAUCACCCUCAUUUUAAACAUAACACGUCUGUGCAUGAUGAGCAGUCACCUCCGCAAAACAGAGAAGGCUAUCAAUGAGUUCUUCCGGACGGAGGGGGCUGAGAAGCUUCAGAAGGCUUUUGAGAUAGCCAAGCGCAUCCCUAUCAUUACGUCUGCCAAAACACUAGAGCUGGCCAAAGUCACGCAGUUUAAGACCAUGGAGUUUGCUCGGUACAUCGAAGAGCUUGCCAGAAGCAUUCCCCUUCCACCUCUGAUCCUGAACUGCAGGGCGUUCAUGGAGGAGAUCUUUGAGGCUGUGCGAGUUGACGAUCCCGAUGAAGUUGGUGAGGAGGAAAAACAGACCCAGGCCUGCGGCGCCCAAGCUGCCAUAUACCCUGUCAACCCAGAGAUGAAGCGCAGCGAUUCGCCGGCCGGGGAUUCGGAUGACGGGUCCAUGAAUGAGCAAGGCCAGGAGAUAGCCGUUCAGGUGUCCGUUCACCCGCAGUCAGAGGUGCAGAGCAUUGACACCGUUUCUCACGACAGCUGCCAGUUUGUGCCUUCCGAGGAGGGCGCCUGCUGA